CAGGAAGCGGCGGGCAGGAGGCUGUGCAGCCCGCGGGCUGUUCGUCCUUGCGGGGUCGUUGCGGCCGCGCGGCGUUCCCCGUCUCGCUCAGCAGGUGGCGCUGAUGUCGCGGUGCGCGGGGCCCUGGCUGUGGCGUUAAGAGGGGGACAUGGCUGUAAGAGCAUGUGGCUUGAUAAUCUACAGAAGACUGCAGCCAUCACCAUCUUCUAAGGCUGCUGACAGUAUCGAAUACCUCCUCCUCCAGACCUCCUAUGGGACCCAUCACUGGACCCCUCCAAAAGGCCAUGUGGAUCCAGGAGAGGAUGACUUGCAGACAGCCUUCAGGGAAACACAGGAAGAGGCAGGUCUUCAGGCCAGUCAACUCACUCUUGUGGAAGGGUACAGGAAAGAACUGCACUAUCCUGUCCGUGGCAAACCCAAGACUGUUGUUUACUGGCUGGCGGAAGUGAAGGAUUGUAACACAGAAAUUAAGCUCUCGGAGGAGCACCAGGCUUUCCGCUGGCUGAAGCUGGAGGAUGCUUGCAAAUUUGCAGAAUAUGAGGAUAUGCAAGCAACUCUGAAAGAUGUGCAUCAGUUUCUCAGCUCCGACAAAUAAAUGCUUUUGUGAAGAGCAAGAAGAAUUUUUGGAGAAACAGCCUGGUAUAUAUAUUUUUUUAAACUUAAUUUUAUUUUUUAGCCAAUAGAAGUACUAUAUGGCUGCAGAAAUAUACUUUCUUUUUCUAAACCUCUGCAAACUCAGUAAUAGAUACUUGGGGCUUUUAAAGAACUUAUGCUUUUGUCUCCCAUAGCUAAUGUAAAAAUAGUGUGAUCUGACUCAACUGUAAGCCAGAGAUGUCUGAGUUGAAACCCUGAGCUAACAAAGUCUCUCUGUGUUCCUCUCUGUUUUUCUUGAAGUGCUGAAUAAUUGUGUCUGUUUUUGAAAAUCAAACACGUGAUGUUUUUUGACUUGCUGAUAUAGAUCUGUAGUGUUGUAAAAAUGAGCAUAUGGAGAUUUUUUUUAAUAAUAAAAUGUGUAUUGCAGAAGUUGCAUCUUGCAUUUAAAAUAGGGCAGCAGUAGUUCUGUUCCCAAUUCUUAUGCUGAUAUGCUGUGAUAAUCUGUCAAAUCAUUUCAGGUCUGUUUGUAUCAUGAAUUUAUGUACAUAUCUAUUGUUCUGUUAUGAAAAUAGUUGCUAUCCAAGGAGUCUCAGUAAACUGUUGACAUACAGUAUUUAAAUGGUGAA